AUGGAGGAGGAGGAGCAUAGACGAAGCCAAAACAUAUACAAAAUAUGUCGGAGCAUAAAGCGCAGAGACAGCAGCCUCUACAACGCCCUGCGCUCCAUCUACGAGGACUCCAUCUUCGUUGGAGAAAUCGCUCAGCUAUGGCCGGAGCUCCCGCUCCUCGCCAAUCUCCGAUGCGGCCUCUGGUACUCCCCCAAUUUCCACUCCAAUUGUUACUUCAAAUCUACCGACGGCCACACCAACAACCUCUCUUUCAGUACCGCCCGCCUCAACCUCCAUGUCGCGCUCCUCGUUGCACAGAGAGGAGGAUGUAUCAUUGUCGAUUCAACACGAAAAGGGAAGAGGUUUCCUGAUAGCAUGUCCAAGACUAUUCCAAUUUGGACCUGUGUCUUAAAUCGUGCAAUUCUCAAUUAUAAGAGAAAACGGGAUAGAUGUGAUUGUCCGCAGAACCAAUCAGGCACCACAAAUGAGCCGGUGAAUCCUGACCAAGGCUCUUCUGAUUGGGAUUGUUCCUUGCAUCUUCCCCUUUGGGUUUCAGAAACUGAGAAAGAAAUGAUUGGAAAGCGUUUGGAAGGUUGGAAUAUGGAGUUAGAGGCUAGUGGAGCUGAUAUUGCCUCUAUUGCAUUAGCUUUGAGGAAACCUCUAAGGCCCUUGUGGAUUUCACAAAAAACUGUUAUCUGGUUAAAUGAAGUACCAGAAUUUGAUUCUUGGGAUUUUACACCUAUCAUACUUGUUUCAACAUCAUCUUUGAGUGGCUCUCAGCAGCGAACUACGUCUGAGUUUAGUUGGAAUUAUAUUGCUGGAGCUGGAGAUGAUGAAGAGAGUUGGGCUAGAGGUUUAUCGCCAGAUCUUUUCUGGAAACAUGUGAAUGACAUAAUAAGCUCAGGUCCUGACACAUGUAAUCAAAAGAUUGCAAAUAUUGUUGAAAAUGACCGAGUUUGUCGUGCAUAUAGGGGAGAAAAUGCACCGCAGGUGUCCGUCAGACCUUCUAAGUGCCUUGGGAGCACAAGUAAGGUUCUGAUAGGAGAGUCAUUACAGUUGGAUAGCAUAACGGUUGCUGAGGGUGAGAAAUCAAGUUACUAUCAUGGCAUAUUGUUUUUGGGCUCAACCAACAUUGGAGUUUGCAAAUCUCAACUUGCCAUGGAAGCCUCUCCUGCCUGCUGCAUAUUGAACUGUGAUAGGGAAUCAGUUUCUGCCUCUCUCCACAAUCCCGAGAUGUAUUUGCACUUGCCAAUUCUGGACUCCAAACUUGACCGUCGUUCUUUGUUAAGGAAUCUCCCAUCUGCUCUGAACUUUGCCCGGUCUCAGUUAAGACAGGGGAAUACCCUUCUAAUUUGCUGCUGCAAUGGAGAAGAUAUUAGUGUAUGCGUUUGUUUGGCUAUUUUUACAUCAUUUUAUGAUGAAACAGCAGGAAACUUUGAUGAUGGAAGAUGGUUGAGUAAGAGACUAAUCACGAAGCUGGAGCUGCGAAGACGGUUAGUUUUUGUGUGCAAGUACGUUGUUAAUGCGCGGCCAUCAAGGGGAAACUUGAAACAAGUGUUUGCGUGCCUCACUGGAGAAUGUAUCAUCCCUUCUGUUUCAUAAUAUAUGCAACACAAGUCUGUCACCAUCGGAUACUCGAUCCUCGCUAACGGUUGAAAGUUAAGCGACACCAGUAACAGCCCCCCGUCGGUGUAUGAGCCUCUUCGUGUGAUUUUUGAUCUGUGGUAUGUGUCUAAGCAUCGGUUUAGGCUUUCAGGGCUGAUGAUUAAUAAAUUAGACAAGUUUGCAGUGAUCAUUGUAUUAUUCUUCCAUGACAUGGCUUCUAUAUCACUAGUCUGAACAGCGUCUGUUGAAAGAUAUGUUUGUUUGGUUUGGACAAGAUUCUUGUUUAUUCAGAUAUGAAAAGUGAAAGAAGAUGAAUUUACAAA